CAUUAUAUAGCUUCGUCUUCUCCCGAUAAGGACCAUGCAGGAUAAGACAUGUCGUGUUUAAACGUGAAACCUAUGUCCUCGCUGCAACUUGUCAAAUUUCUCGCCUGAUGUUGACUACUAGACCUCGUCAUAUCGCAGCUCUGCAGGGAGUGCGCCCACAUUUUGGAAGAAGACACGCCUUGCUCUCAACCGUAAACAAUGUCCGAUCCGGCUGAGGCUGGACCCGGAUCCAAAGUUUCGGACCCGCAACACGCCCAGAAACUUCUGCGUGUCCUGCGCUCCUUCUGGCAGGAGAAAUGUUUUCACGACGCCCUGCUGGUCGUCAACGGAGAAGAGCUUCCCGUCCAGAAAAACAUCCUCGCCGCUGCCAGCCCAUAUAUAAGGACCAAGCUGAACUACAAUCCCCCAAAGGAAGAUGGAUCAAUGUACAGAAUAGAGCUCCAGGGAGUCUCCAUGGCCAUCAUGAAACAGAUCCUGGACUACAUUUUCAGUGGUGAAAUUCUUCUGAGUGAAGAGACCAUCCAGGACAUGGUUCAAGCAUCUGACCUGCUUCUCCUGAUUGAUCUCAAGUCCCUCUGCUGUCAGUUCUUGGAGAGCUGCAUCAUAGCGGAAAAUUGCAUCGGCAUCCGCCUCUUCUCCCUGCACUACUCCCUUCACCAUGUCCACUACGCCGCCACCGAAUACUUGCACACACACUUUCGUGACGUGGCGCUUACCGAGGAGUUCCAGGAGCUGCCCAAAGACCAGCUCUGUGAGGUGCUGGCGAUGGAGAAGCUGAAUGUGGGGAAUGAGAAGCACGUGUUGGAGGCAGUGGUGCGUUGGUUUGGUCAUGACCCAGAGGAGCGCAGGGUGCACAUGAAAGAAGUGAUGUCUGCAGUGUGGCAGCAGGGCCUGGAUUUAAGCUACCUAAGAGAACAGGCCAUGGGAGAGCCACUGAUGAGGGAGGUGAUCAGAGAUUACUGCCAGCCAGCGUUAGGAGGCCCUCAGCCACAGGGGGAGGCUCUCUUUGCUGCUUUCAAACCCCGAGGUUACUCUGAGUGCAUUGUUAUUGCAGGGGGAGAAGACCGGAAAAGUAGAAAGCCAACUGCAGUGACACGUUGCAUGUGUCCGCUGUAUGACGCCAACAGACAGGCCUGGAUUGAACUUCAACCAAUGAGCACUGCCCGCCAAGGCCACGGGGUGGUGGCAGCUGAGGGCUAUCUGUUUGUAAUGGGUGGCGUGAAUGAACAGCUGACUGUCCUGGACAGUGGAGAAAGAUAUGACCCUGAGUCAAACACCUGGUGUCCCAUACCACCCAUGAUACAGGCUCGUCAGAACUUUGGUGUGGCGGAGCUGGACGGGAUGAUCUAUGUCCUGGGAGGAGAGAACCAAGAAAUGGAGCUAGUCUCUGUUGAGGUAUAUGACCCUCAUGUCAAGACCUGGAAACCGCAGACAAGCAUGACUAUGGUCCGCAAGAUUGGUUGCUAUGCCACCAUGAACAAAAAGAUCUAUGCAAUGGGUGGAGGUUCCUACGGGAAGUUGUACGACUCCGUGGAAUGCUUUGACCCCAAAACCCAGCAAUGGACUGGCCUAUGUCCACUGAAAGAGAGAAGGUUUGGUUCAGUGGCCUGUGGUGUUGGUCAGGAGCUGUACGUGUUUGGUGGUGUAAGAAGCCAAGAACAUGAUGAUCCUGAGCAACGACACAUGACCACCUGCAAGUCCGAGUUUUACCAUGAUGAGAUGAGGAGGUGGAUGUACCUGGAUGACCAGAGCCUGUGUAUUCAGACAAGCUCAUCCUUUGUCUAUGGAGCAGUGCCUAUCGGAGCAAGCAUCUAUGUAGUUGGAGACCUCGAUACUGGUGCGUCUUUCGAUUACAUCCGCGAGUUUAGACGCAGCACAGGGACAUGGCACCGCACCAGGCCAAUGUUGUCCACCGACCUCUGUAAGACAUCAUGCGGAGUUCUGAGAAUUGCUAACUGCCGACUAUUCCGCUUGCAGCUGCAACAGGGCAUGUUUAGAGUCAGGGUCCUUCUCUCUUAGGGAUCCUACAAAGUGCACUUGACUUCCACGCUCGCACAUUUUGCACAUUUGUGCUCUGCUUAUUUCUGGUAAUGGGAGAUUUUAGAAUGCUAAAGAAUCAUUAAAGUUGGGUAUUGAGGGGGGCGACCCUCCUUGUGGGGAGCACAGAAUUUUAUCCUGGGUUGUUUUAUUUUCUUCCCCAAUUAUGUAUGUUCUUGGAUGGGAAUGCAAGUACUUGAAACGCUUUUUAUUAUGAAACGUUUCAUUAACAUGGUUAUUGCUAUUUUUUUAAUUAACUUUGGUAUGUUGAUGUUUUUAACCUUAGAUUUUUAAUGACAAAGGGUUUAAUCUUUUUGCAGUUUAUAUUUUCUUUUAUUGACUGCUGCCUGAUUUAUAGAGGCUUGUCAAGUUAUACUUGACAAAUGAUCGACAACACUGUUCAGCAUUAGCAGCAACAUGAAUUUAGUAAAAGUAUUAAAUUACCUUAAAUGUUGUAUAUGUGUGGCAUUGCCAUAUGUAGCAUGCCAUAUUUACAACUAUUGAAUUGAUCAUGUCUCACAUUUUCACAGAUAUUUAUCCGACGUAGGGCUGUGCGAUAUGACCAAAAUCUCAUAUCACGAUAUAGGUCAAUCAUAUCACCAUAACGAUACAUAUCAUGAUAUAACACGUUUUCUGCAAAUUCAGUGAAUAACUAGUUUAUAUAAAAUGACCACGUGGAAAGGCCUAUUUCUUAUUACAACAAAAAAAAGGUACAUACUCAUAUUUGAUUAUUUUUCUCCUUUUAUUUAGAACCUUUCCACAAAUUUUCAAUUAAGAAUGUAACAAAAUAUAAAAUGUAGUGACCAUGAAUGAGUAGACAUGCUAGCCCGCUGGCUAGCAGGUCGGACCCUUUAGUUGACUGGUUAGCACCCGUGGCAACCUGGGUUCAUUUCCCGGCUUCGGCGGCAGUUCCCAGCUGCCCCCCGAAUUCGCUACAUUGGUGUGAGAAGUGGGAUGGUGAGACCGUGAGGCCAUCGGAAGCGCGCUUGUCCAGAGGUGUGAGGGAGCUGAUAUGCUGAAGCACGGGGACGCGCUUCCUGAAGGAGGGGGGUAGUGUAACAACCAUGAAUGAGUAGACAUGCUAGCCCAUUGGCUAACGGGUCGAACCCUUUAGUUGACUGGUUAGCGCAAUCGGGUUCACGUCCCGGCUGCGGCGGUUCCCAGCUGCCCCCAAAAUUCGCUACAAUAUUAAUGUCUGGGGUUUGAUUCGAGCACUCGGCUGUGCUUUUGCGGCUCUGAUCCGGAGACUCUCUCCGUACUUUUUGACAUGAUUCUGUGUAGGUGGUAAAAGAGGCUAGUGGUGUCUGAGACUGUUGUGGGGACCGGCGUGCGGCAUAUUUUGAAAAGUACAGUUUUCUGGUCCGUGUUAGACUUUUCAUACCCAAACCCUGUCCAUACGAUAGAAAUAGCCCCUCUUUUGGGUACAAGCUCCUCGUUUUGUCCUGGCUGGGUGGAGUGCUUCUGUUCGGAAUUGCCCCGUUCUGCGUUACAUUCACUGUCCUCCAUGUUUGUUUCUUCUUUUUUUUCCUGACUCAGGAUUUUCUUUUCUCUUGUGGUGAAAUUCGGCAUGCUGAAUGGCUUUGAAAAAUAAAAACCGAAAAUGCUGAGCCUUGUUCAUAUCUUCGACUGGCUGUUUCUUGGACUUUUUGGCUAACCUGACUGGGAUUGGGAUGAUCUCUGGUGGGAGCAUUUCAUCUGUAACAUCCUCGUCCCCCAAAAUGACCACCUGCUGAGAAAAGUCCAUGUCCUGCAUUAAAGACAUGCUGCACUUCAGAGCUAACAGCCACUCUUUGCUCAUCAUCUUGAAGCCUGUAUGGAGCAGUUUCUUGGCGGCCUUAUAGUAUACAGUCUCUGGUCGGUUGUACAUAUUGCAUUGUUGCACAUCAGUUUAAAGUCAGGCUUGAAUUCUGUAAUAGUACUGUAUUCAUUGGUUGUUAUUUUGUCUUUCAUUGUGCUGAAAUCCAUUGGGUGUUUGAUGAUCCUGUGAUCGUUAAACACCAUCGCCCCUGACUACUCUGUAGUAGCCAAGGGCGAUGGCAUCUGUCACUGGAAAGGCAAAAAAAUCCA